AUGGACGCGCCGCCCAUCACGCCUGGGGAGCUGCUGUGUCUGGGCUCCAGCCUCGCCUUCUCCGGCCUCUUCUACUACCUGUACAGGAAGAAAGCUAGAGUCGUGUCACGCAUACAGGAGGCCCCGAAGCUCCAGAUUGAUGACGACUUACCAGCACUGGUGUCUGCGGCUGAUGGGAGAUGCCUGCCAUAUGUUGCCCUGGAAGGCAUAGUGCUGCCAGCCAAAGCUGCGCUGCCCAGCCAUUACCAUGAGGGGCUGCAGGGCGUGAUCCAGAAACUGCUUCUGAAAGAGCAUCGGCUGAUCUGGAACAGCUUGGCCCGGAGCUGGAGCGAGAGCGAGCGGGUGCUCUCGGAGCAGGUCUACACUGUCCCCUUCUUGCUGGCCUCGCCAGACACCGAGGCGAUGACGUUCCCCCGGCCGGCCCACGGCUUCCGCGACCUGCUGGGCCAGUACUUGAGCGGGGAGAAGCCCAAGGGCAUCCUGGAGACAGAGGAGAUGCUGCGGGUGGGGGCCGGGCUGACAGGCAUUGGGGAGCUGGCCCUGCACCCUGACGGCUCCCUGCACCUCCAGCCACCGGCCCGGGGAGGCGAGUAUUUCCUGUGCCUGGGGGACUGGCAGACGGUGCUGGCGGAGCUGCAGCAGCCUGAGGACAAGGAGCCGGACAGUGAGGAGGCCGGGGACGGGGGGCCCGAGGACUCCUGCGUGAUCUGCCUGACACGACCCCGCGAGUGUGUCCUCUUGGGCUGCGGCCACAUAUGCUGCUGCUUCCGCUGCUUCCAGGCCUUGCCUGCCCGCCUCUGCCCCAUCUGCCGGGGGCCCAUUGACCGUGUGGUGCCCCUCUACCAAGACUGA